AGCCACGGCCACUCCCAAUGAAAAUAACUCACCUGCCUUCCAGGUAUGCCCCGGAAUCUAUGUUCCUAGAGGCAUCCGUGAACAACUCGAUACCACCCGCAAAGGCUCCAGAAGUAGCCUUCACCAUGAAACGGCUACAGACCAAUCCCUCGCGACUAACUCGACAUGCAAACUUGAAACUGCGUUAUGAACAACUGCGAUUUCUCAGCGUGACCUUCUUGGACCUGCGAACCUUCGCCCUGAACUCCCGAAGUGCAGUCAACUGA